GGAAGGCCUGCCAGGAGGAAGUCAGAGAGGGAAGGCCACUGAGGAAUCUUGGAGGAAGUCCAGGUCUGGGAUUGGUUAAUGAAUAAUGUAGAUUUAGGCGCCACAGAGGGCGCGCGGGAAUUUGAAAUCAAAUUUGCUGCCACCAGAUUUGCAGGAGCUCAGGGAAGAUGUCGGGCAGCAGGAGUUCGAUGUUUCAUGCUACAGUCUGUCUGCAUUGGAUCUUCCUCCUCCUGCUCUUCUUGGGGCAGAAAACAGGUUCCUCAAGAUCAGUAAGGCACCAGCGAUCUAUGAUAGCUAAGACAGGAGAGAGUGUCGUCCUGAAUUGUGAAUCAAGGGACAUGGCAGAAGUCCUACAAGUGACCUGGCAAAAGAUCCAGCAUUCUUUGUCAGAAAACAUAAGCACCUAUAGCAGGAGGUAUGGAGUAAAGAUCCUUCCACAGUUUGAGAGAAGAUUUUCUAGCAACAGUUCAGAGGUUAGGUCUUCGUGCUUGACUAUUCAUAAUGUGACUUUGGAAGAUGAAGCCUGUUACAGAUGUAUCUUCAAUGUGUUUCCAGCUGGCCAUCACAUGAGAGAAACUUGCCUUAUUGUUCACACUGUGUCUGCCCUGAGCAUUGAACUGUCCUCCAAGAUCAGCCCUGAUGCUCUCCUCGAAGUGGUCUGCUCGAUGACUGGGAAACCAGCCCCUCAGAUCUCCUGCUAUGCCCAGAGCGUUUUGUUGGGUCCUGCCAAGGAACAUCACAUUCUGAAUCCAAACGGUACUGAACUGGUGACCAAACAGUACACCCUCUCUCUGGAAGCCAUCCGGUCCUGGAAAAUCUUCUACCUGGUCUGUGUCGCAGAUCACCCUGUGCGAAGGGCAGAGGAGAUCGUGGCCCUGCCCCAGGAAUUGGAACCUCUUGAUCUUCAUUGGAGGACAUUGGUGUUUCCUAUAAUAAGUGCAACUUUUGUUUUAAUUAUCGUUAUUGGCACCCUAGCCUAUAUUUUUAGGAGAAAGAAUAAGAAAAGGGCACCUAUUUCCCGUGUCCUCUGCACUCCAGUUGGGAAGACGACUCCUACUGAACAUCUGCAGAGCACGCCAAAGACGCCCAGGAACCAGAAUAUUUCCUUCUGCAAUGAGAAGCAAAACCCAGGAAGUACAGUCAGAAAGAGACCAAUGGAGAACAGCAGAUUGAUACCAGAUGCUGGAAACAGCUCUGCAAGAAGAGAGAUCAUUCCAGUAGAAGAGGAUCAUGCUGCUGAUGGCUGUUUGAAUCAUUCAUUUGUUACAAGCUGACUCCAGAGUAACUGAGGAUUCAUGAGAAAGCACAAGAGCAAAAGAUAGUCUACUGACUGAUGAAGUGCAUCCUCCCUCUGGCCUGGAGCCCCUUCCUGCUUCAUAUACAACACCUUCCAAGUUUUAUUAAAAUCACACUUCCACCAAGAGGACUUCUCCAAUUAAGCCCUCAUUUCCCUCACUCGCUCUCCCUUCUGCACUUAGAUCUGUGUCCUUUAAGUAGUUGAUAUUCACAUCCCCCUCAGCUUCACGGCACUUAUGUACAUAUCUGUAAAUUAUUUUAAUGUCUGUCUGUCUCUCUGUGGACUGUAAAC